CGCAGGCGCAGGCGCAGCCGCAGGCGCAGGCGCAGACGCACGCCCGGGGGUGGCGGCACAGCGUGGCGUGACUUCCGGGUGGAAACUGAGGACUUGGGUUGGUGAAGGCUGCAGGCGGGCGUCCCUGCGCUUGGCGUCUACCACCUGUGCUUGCGCCCGCUCUUUAACUCGAGUUCAUCUGGGGUCCUCUUUGGGUUUCUGCACGCGCUGGGCCCGCCGCCUCUCCGCGAGGUACAAAGAAGAGUGUUUGUCAUACAAUUGGAAAGGAAGGCAAAGAAGAUGCUUUUGCUUUAGAUUGGACAACUGAACAGAAAUUGCAAUUUUAGGAUGAAGAGGGGAAGAGGAAGAACAAGCCGGAUCAGAAGACAGAAACUCUUCAGAAGUUCUGUAUCAAGAGGAGUGAAUGAGAGCUGCAAGCCUGAAUUCAUAGAGUUUAAGAAGUGGCUGAAAGGCAGGAAGUUUGAAGAUACAAACUUAAUACCUGCUUGUUUUCCAGGUACAGGAAGAGGGCUGAUGAGCAAAACAUCCCUACAGGAGGGACAGAUGAUUAUUUCGUUGCCCGAGAGUUGCCUGCUCACCACGGACACAGUGAUUAGAAGCUACUUAGGGACGUACAUUGCUAAGUGCCAGCCUCCUCCAUCUCCUCUUCUGGCUCUGUGCACCUUUUUAGUUUCAGAAAAGCAUGCUGGGGACCAGUCUCUCUGGAAGCCUUACCUGGACAUUUUACCAAAGGCCUACACCUGCCCCGUAUGUUUGGAGCCAAAAGUGGUGAAUCUAUUUCCUGAACCUUUGAAGGCAAAGGCUGAAGAGCAGAGAGCCCGUGUGCAGGGGUUCUUUUCUUCCUCCAGAGACUUUUUCUCUUCCCUGCAGCCUCUGUUUUCUGAGGCUGUUGAGAACAUUUUUAGCUACAGUGCCCUCCUGUGGGCUUGGUGCACGGUCAACACCAGAGCUGUGUACAUGAAGCAUGGGCAGAGGAAAUGCUUUUCUCCAGAGCCGGACACCUACGCGCUCGCCCCGUACUUGGAUCUGCUGAAUCACAGCCCAGAUGUCCAGGUAAAAGCAGCAUUUAAUGAGGAAACUCGCUGUUAUGAAGUCAGAACGGCUUCAGGCUGCAGGAAGCAUGAACAGGUGUUCAUCUGCUAUGGCCCCCAUGAUAACCAGCGGCUGCUCCUGGAAUACGGAUUCGUGUCCAUCCAGAAUCCUCAUGCUUGUGUUUAUGUCUCAGCAGAUCUACUUGUUAAAUAUCUGCCAUCAACAGAUAAACAAAUGAACAAGAAGAUUUCUAUUUUGAAGGAUCAUGACUUUAUAGAAAAUUUAACAUUUGGAUGGGAUGGACCAUCUUGGAGGUUACUCACAGCUCUUAAGUUGUUAUGUCUGGAGGCUGAAGAAUUUACAUGCUGGAAAAAAAUACUUCUUGGGGAAAUCAUUUCAGAUACAAAUGAGAAGAGAAGUUUGGUUAUAGCCCAGAAAAUAUGCCAUUAUUUCAUAGAGGAAACCAAUGCUGUGCUGCAAAAGGUUUCUCAUAUGAAAGAUGAAGAAGUGGCUUUGCUAAACCAACUAACUUUGGUAGAAACACUGUGGACAGAAGAGCUAAAGAUUCUGCAGGCCUCUGCUGAGAUUCUAAACAGUUUGCAAACGCCUUUUAGGUGCAUGACACAGUGAUUUGGAAAUUCUGUCCUUUGCUCAGUGCUCACCUCACAUAAUGUAGGUUUUUUCAUCUCUAUUCUGUAAUGUAAAAAGAGGUAAGUGAGAAGGAAUAGUAACCUUGCGCUUCUAGGUGUUGUCAUCUCUGCAUCAUGUCUGGAUCUAUGGCAGCCUCUUUGGGACUAUGAGGGGAGUCAUCCCAAGUCAAUACCAUAAGGAUGGCGGCGUAGAAAGAAAAAAAAGAAGAGAGAGAAAGUUCUUUAUGAGCAACUGAAUAAUCAACCCUGGAGCCUUCCACCCUUUCUCACUCUCCCUCUCACCCCACCCCCCAUCCUAGGUCUCUUGUCAUGUGAAGUAACUCAUGUCUUUAUUACUGAUUUUAGGCAGAAAGGAAAAGGGCAGAGAGUUCUUCCUGCAUCUACUGUUGCUCAAUUGCCUGUAACCCAAAAAGCCCUAUGCUAUAGUGACAUAUUCUGGGGUACAUGUUCCGAUUCAUUUCAACUCCAUUCAACACAGUAUGACGUAUAAUGGAUGACAUUUACUUCCAAGCUGUAUAGACAUAUGUAUAUCUAAUAUAAACACCCAUUCCAUGAGUGGACUCAGAGUUUUGUUAGGUUUUCAGUUAUGUGCAGCUGAAAAUAUCCGAGAGUGAUUAUUGCAUCCUGUGCAAUAGGAAUAUUCCCUGUUUUCUUUCUUUAGUGUCUCCCACUUUCUAUGUCAUCAGGCUAAGAGAACACAGAUUGUGCCUGCAGAAAAGUAGCAUCAAAGGGACCAGACAGUCACUGGCUUCUGUGUAAAGCGGACCAAGUACAGCCUCAAGCUUACAUGGAAUGUAACUUUGCUGAGACCCUUUAGGCUGCCCUGAACAUUAAAAAAUCCUUAAAUCCCUAAGGGGUUUAUCAUUUUUGCCACUUGCAUGAAAGUGGAUAAAAAAAGGACAGAUUGGAUUUGGAGAGGCAGAGUGAGCUUGAAUUGUCACUCACAGAAUGACCGUGUAUGUUCGUCAGGGUUCCGCAGAACACCAGGCCAAUAGAAAUGGUCCCACAUUUUUGCCCCCUGGGACACAUGCCCAAUGUAAUUCCCCUUCGUUAAGUGUGGAUGGGACUGCAAACACAAUGAUUAGGGUAUGUUAUGUGACAUAAGUGUGGGUGCUUUUCAGAUAUAAUUAAGGUUCCAAAUCAGUUGACUUUGAGUUAAUCAAAAGACAGGUUAUUGUAAGUGGGUCUGACCUAAUCAGGUGGGCCCUUAAAAGCGACUGAGCACCUUCUGAAGAGAUAGAUUUGAAGUAUGAGGGGACCUCUGGUGAGGGCUACCUGGCAAGGGCUUGAGAGCAUCCUCUAGUAGCUAGAGUUGUCCCCAGGUGACAACUAGCAAGAAAAUGGGGACCUCAGUCAUCAAGCUCCAAGGAAGUCAAUUCUGUCAACAACUUGAAGCUGCUUGGAAGUGGAUCUUUCCCUCACUGAGCAUCCAAAUGGCGAUGUACUGGGCUAAUAAUGCUUUCAGCCUUGUGAGACUGUCUUAGUCUGCUUGGGCUGCUAUAACAAAAAUACCAUAGACUGAGCGGCUUAACCAACAGGUGUUUAUUUCUCACUGUCGGAGACCUUGGAAGUCCAAGAGCAGCGUCCUGGUGGAUUGUGUGUCUGGUGAGAGCCCUCUUCCUGGUCUGCAGAUGACUGCAUUCUUGCUGUGUCUUCACAUGCUUGACAGAGUGAGCUCUGUCAAACAAGCUCCAGUCUCUUCAUUUUCUGAUAUGACCUCAUUCAAGGCUAAUUAGUUCCCAGAGUUUCCAUGAUGAUUAGGGUUUCAACAUAUGAAUCUGGAGUGAUACAAACAUUUAGUGCAAACUGAGAGCAAAGAACCCAGUUAAAAUGUGUGGAGUCCUAGCCUACAGAAACUAUGAAAUUAAUAAACUGGUACUCCUUGAAGCACUAAGUUUGUGAUAAUAUGUUAUGCAUCAAUAGAAAAUUAAUAUAGGUAACAUUUCAAGUAUCAUUCCUUUAUAUUUGAAAAACUAGGUUUAUGAUCAAUGUAGAAUAAAUUGUGAAAAGUAAUAAUGUUUGACAACUCAGAAAAUUACAUAUAGAUCAAUUCCCCAGCAAAUUGCCUUUUAUUAUUAUUUUUUUCUAUUAAAUGUUUCUAUUAAAAAAAUUUUUUUUUAAUUUUAAAAUUUAAAAAUUAAUUUUUUUAAAAAUUUAUUUUUCUAUUAAAUGUCACUUUUGAGGGGACCCCACAGACAAGGGGCAGUUUUGGGGAGGGUGUAGAGAAUGCAUUUCUAUCUUGCCCCAAAGAGUUGGCCAGGUGUGUUCAGCUGUUGGGAGGCUGUUGCCCCCGAGAGGCCGUCCUCCUGGCCCUGAGAUGGCCUUAGCCCAGAGAUGCCAUAGUCAGCCCUGGCUUGUACACACUCUGGGUGGGGCUCCUUGUGUCAGAGGAAAUCUGCUCCAGGCAAGUGUGUCCAGGUUAAGAAGAACCAUGGAAUUGGGAAAGAUGGCUUCAAAUACACAGGGCCGGUAUCUGGUUAAGUAUUGUUUCUCUUUGGCAUGAGAUACAGUCAUUUCUUGAAACCGUCUUUUUUUUUCCUUAAAGAUUUUAUGUAUUUAUUAGAGAGAGAGAGUGUGAGCACAAGCAGGUGGAGGCAGAGGGGAAAGGGAGAGGGAGAGGCAGGCUCUCCACUGAGCAGGGAGCCCGACACAGGGCUCGAUCCCAGAACUCUGGGAUCAUAACUGAAGCCGAAGGCAGCAGCUUAACUGACUGAGCUGCCCAGGUUUCCCUGAAACCUUACUCAGUAAAAAUUGUUCAGGUUUGCUUGGUAGCUCUGCUUGUCCUUACGCAGCUUGGGCAUCAAUCAUAGUUCUUAGGUAUAGCAUUAAGAUCGUGCCUGAUUCCAUGUUAUUAAACUGGUAACAAAGUGAUUUCUUUAAGAAAAAUGAUCAGAACUACUGACCUUUUAUUAACCUUACCUAAGAAGUUCUUGGGAUUAUUUCUUAUUGUUGCAGGUUGAUAAAGAAUAAUUUUCUUUUCUCUUUUUGGCUUUGAUGGGAUCACAAGUAGUCAUGUGCAUUUCUAGCUUGCUAGAGUACCUUUUCUCUUGUUUUGGGGUUGACAGUGAAAAUGUGAAUUAGAUGGAGGUUUUUUUUUUUUUUUAGUAAAUGUAAAAAAAUGUCCAGUCAUUUGUACAAAUGGUUUAAAAGCCUUGAGAUUUUAGGAAUGUGUAUUUGCAAUUAUUCUCCUUUAAUAAUUAAUCACUAAUAUGUUUUAAUCACCAAGAACAUUGUUUUGAUCAUUAAGAAUUUACAAUGUAAAGAUUAUUUCAAGGUCAAAUUUCAAAUGUUAAUCAUUGUAACCUAAUGCAUGUAAAUCUCUACUGAAUUCGGUUUAAAAAUAAAAAGUAAAUCAUUAAUUCGAGCAAGCAUACUUACUGGAAAUUGUCUUUUAUUAUUCUCUGCUGUGGGUCAAGGUCAUUCUUUAAUCAAACCUCAGUUUGAUCCAGAGUCGUGGGAAGAAAAAUCACUCUUCUCCUCUCUUUCUUUCCCUAAAAAUACAGUUUUUGCAGGGAACCUCUUCCAACUUCCCUUUCUCUUAACCGUUCUCAUCUCAUCUGUAAUUACUGCUGCUGCUGUUUGGAGGGCAGUUUGUGCCACCAGGCACAAGAUACUAAGAAGUUAUAUGACUUUGCUUGCCGGUCGGGUAUUUUUGCUUGUUGCUUUGAUAUAAAAGCUUUGUAUGGUAUCAUCCUUUGCUUGAAUGGGCAUCCUGAUUUCUGAGGCCUUCUGCUUAACUGUCUUCUAACCAGGGACCGUGUGGGGUAUAGGUUGCCAGCCUGGGUUCUAGAUGGAGCCUCACUUGGGUUUGGCUCCUGAUGUACCACUAACUAGUUCUGGAACCACGGGAAGUUCUCAGUCACCCUCCUGUGCUUCUUCCUCUUCAUCUGUAAAUGGGGACAGGCAGAGUACUGAUGUCCAGGGGCUGUUUUGAGGAUGAAAUGUACCUCAGCAGGCAACCAAGGCUGGCAGUUGUGUAGGGGCAUCAAUUUAACUCCUACUACUGAGAAAAUGUGAUGCCUUCAUUGUGGCUGCAUGAUCCAAUUUCCCCCUCAGCCCGCCCCACAGGUUACUGGGUAAAAUCUGGCUUUUAGUCCGGUCCAGUUUAAAUUUUAUCUCAUCCGAUUUAAUUUUAAAAACCUCAAUAGAAUUUAAAUGGCUUCUUUAGGCAAUUGCCUGAGGAGAAACAUGGUCCAGUAGCCUCUCUUGUUUCUUUCCCUAAAAUGGUAUUGGGUGGGAGGAGGGGUUUUUUGUUUACAGUUCUACCCUCCCCAUGCUGGUUCUUCUGUCUGUAACUGGUGAAUUUGCAGCCUGUCGCAUGCACUGUCUCUGGGACACAUCUACUGACUCUGUCUUAUUGGCUUUUGCUACCUGCAGGCUUCUGAGCCCGAUUCUCUACCUGGCUGCAGGCCGGGAAUCCAUGUGGCCCAGGCUGGCUGAUCUUCAAGGCAUCUUCUAGAAUGACCACGCUUAUCAGUGCUGCCAGAUUUUGCAGGAUGUAUCCAGUCCCUGAAUUGGAAUGUGGGACAGCCUGUAAGCUGGUUCCUAUACCUUUAUAUAGCUAGAACUCUGUCCUGGAUAUCCUCACUUAAAAAACAGUCUACCUGUUGGCUUAUAGUUGUGGACUUCAUGUUUCUGUCUUCCCCAGCCCCCAUUCAUAUGUUGAAACCUUAACUCCUGGUGGGAUGGUUUUGGGGCCUUUGAGAAGUUGUUAGGUUUAGAUGAGGUCAUGAGAGUAUAGUCCCCAUAUUGGGAUUAGUGCUCCUAUAAGAUGAGGAAGAGCCCAGAGCUCCUGGUCUCCCUCUGCCAUGUGAGGACACACACCAAGAAGAGGGAUGUCUCAAAGAGACACGGCAGGAAGAGAGCUCUGACCAGAACCUGACCGUGCCGGCACCCUGAUCUCAGAUCUCCCAACCUCCGGAACUAUAAAAGAGAAAUGUUUUUUGUCUAAGCCACUCAAUCUAUGGUAUUUUUUAUAACAGCCAGGGUGGAGGAAGGCACUUAUCUUGCUGUCCUGCCCCUGGGCCCACUUCUCCUCACCACAGUUCACUCAGGGCCAAAAUGGAGCAGAUUCUGUCUAGGCCUCCAGGAUAAAGACCCCAUGGCUCAGUCUUCUAAGCCUGGCUGUUGAUUUGCUACUGGGGGGAUAAGGAAAACUGGAUGCCCUUUGUUAGGACAAUACCCCAGCCCGAAGGGCCAUUUCUCACUGCAACAUCAUCACUUUCAGUGCACAAAAGUGAACACUAUGUCAGCCUAUCUCUUUGCAUGUCUUCUAUCCCCAUUCUCCCCCUAGACGGGAUGGAUGUCUCAGAGAGAGAAAGAGAAAGAGAAAGCAAAGAGAAAGAAAAAAAGUGGGGCCGGGAAAGCACAUCAAUACUUUCUAAACUGUUACCCUUAUAGCACUGAUGCGGGACUGAAGUUUCUUGCAGGCUGAGACUGGGCCGCACACUUGCCAGGGCCCUACCCAGGACCAAACACAGUUUUUGGUCACAAUGCAGUAAAUAAUUGGUGAAGGAAUGAUGAGAACGGGGAGUAUCUUUAGAGUUUCCUAUGAACAAAUGUGGAUGGACUUCUCAAACAGCUUGUCAGCAGUUACUAGCAGAUGUCUCCUAGAUAUUUUACCAUGAAGAAAUAAUGGGUCCCUUGCUACUUGUGAAGAGAGUAACUCUUUGAAGUGAACGGAAGGGGAGUUUUUCCCUUUUCUCCAUGAACAGCAGAAUUAAAGGAACGAUAAACUCUUGUCAAAGCAAAAACUGCCCUGGACAAUGUUGAACAGCCAGGGAUGACUUUAUUCAAGACUGUCACAAUGGUGGCGAGACUAGAAUGAAGUCUGAACUCAGUGCUACGGAAACAAAGGGCAGGAACUAACGGCUGGAAAGGGCUAGUGGAGGAGGUUAGCAGGAGGUUGAUCUGAUGGAUCUGAUGUGAUACAUAGGGCACAUUGGGCCUAAUGUCCUCCAUGUUCUGAUGCUACUACCAGCCAUAUAAGUAUUGAAUCAAAUACUCGAAGAUAAAAUAGGUCAUAUACAUACAGUUUUUUUUUACUACAAAGACAAGUCUUUUCUACGGGCUAUUUGUUCUUGUGUAUCCCUCACAAUUCUGUUUACCCCCCAUCAUCCCGCUUCGGUAAUAAUUAUUAGUAGGUCUUCAUUGCUAUAAUUCUCCAGCAGUAGUGAAGUUAAAUAGAAAACGUUCAUGGGAGGUCAGACACACUGGAUACAGAUGUAGGCAUCUAAAGUAGCAUGGAUUUGGGGCUUAAAAGAACCCAGUGUUGGAAACAAGGAGAAAAUGAUGGAGAAAGCAAAGAAAAACAGAAAAUUUAAGCUACCAGUAUUGGUUAGGCCACAAAGACACUGAUGUUACGGGUCAAGUUAAAAUAGAGUAAUAGCUUCAACUUCUCCACCAGACUAUAGAGUUUUUAUAUUUGUCUUAGUCGAAACAAGCUUUUCUGUAAAUGUGUAUUAGUGUAUGCUCUGUUAAGGCCUGCAUUGUGUUCCUCCAAAUUCAUAUUUUGAAGCUCUAAUUUUCAUUGUGACUCUAUUUGGAGACAGUCCCUUUGAGGAGAUAAUUAGGGCUGAAUGAGAGUGAUGGUUAAAUUUAUGUCAACUUUACUGGGCUAAUAGAUGCCCAGAUAGUUGGUAAAACAUUAUUUCUGUGUUUGAGAGUGUUUCCGGAAGACAUUAGCAUUUGAAUUGGUGAACUAUCUAAAGCAGAUGGCCCUCUCCAGUGUGGGUGGUCAUCAUCUAGUCAUUGAGGGCCCAAAUAGAACAAAUGGGCAGAGGAGGGUGAAUUUACCCUCUGCUAGAGCUGAGCCUCCAACAUUGACAGUCUUGGUUCUCGGGCUUUUGGACUCACUUUGGGACUUAGAUGAUCAGCCUUUGUUUUCAGGCCUUUGAACAUGAACUGUUUAUUAUACUACUGGCAUUCCUGAUUCUCCAGCUUGUAGACAGCAAACUCUGGGAGUUCCUGGCCUCCACAACCAUGUGAACCAAUUCCUAUAAUAAGUCUCCUUCUUGGAGAAUUCUAGCUAAUACAAUGGAGUCCUGAGUCUGGGGUCCUACUUCAAGAGUACUGGUUUCCUUACAAGAAGAGGUGGAGACAUAGGGAUGUGUGCACGCAAACGAAAGGCCAUGUGAGGACACAGCGAGAAGAUCCAUGUACAAGCCAGGGAGCAAGGUCUCAGGAGAGAUCAAACCUGUUGACACCUUGAUCUUGGACUUCCAGCAUCUAGAAUGGUGAGAAAUAAAUGUCUGUUGUUGAUGCCCCCCA